GCACAGUUGUUUGCUGUCGGUGAGAAUGAGUGAUCGCAAUCGGAGGCUUUUCACAGAAGACUUUUUAGGUUGCAUUCCUAUUAUGACGCUUUUCCCAUGAAAUCCUAAUCCCUGCGAGGAAGGUAUGUGCGCAUACACAUAAAUGUACAAAAAUAAGUUCUUUAUCGCCUCUGUCAUCGCAUCUUCGACAAAUCCGGCUCCACGCGGUUGAAAAUCCAUGAAAUAAUAAAAAUAGAAGCAAUAAUAGCAAUAACAGAGCAAAUCUAAAGAUGAAGAUGGAGGCAGAAAUAGGGUCGGACUGGGUGACCCUGAACUUGCAGGAUUCCUGAAAGGGCAAGGAGUCCACCAUGUCACCCAUAAAGAGUGAGUUCAAUAAGGGAGACGACCAUUCACUAACAAUCUCACCGAGCCUUGACUUCCUUUCACACUUCCUGGAUUCCCGUCCUUCCAGCAGAAGGAAAGGUAACGGUGGUCCAAUUCCUUGACCCCGUGUACUUAAGUCCCUGUCUCACCUUGAGCCAGUCUCAGUCUCAUUGUGACACCUUCGCCUUCUUCAUCUCACAAACCAGACCGAUAUCAUUUUUCAGCCGUCAUGGGGAAAUUUGACACACUCAGGAUCCUCCUUCGCAUUGGCCUCUCUCUGCUGCUCCUAAAUUCUGUUAGUGCAGGUGAGGAACUUGAGACGACGAAUGGGGACAAUUUCGUUCCAAACGACGGCGUCAUAUUUACCGAACCCUCGGUCGAAAUUCCCCCGUCAUCUCCCCACACGACGGAUAACAUUACACACGUGGAUAGCUCAUCCCCACCACCUGCACCACAACCUGAUCCACUACUUGGCACUCCAACAACACCCACCCCACGACCAAAGGUACCCCCCUCCUUUCAAAGGUACAUCGACGAACUCCACAGGAGCAUGCUCAACACCAACGGGGUCAAACGCGACACGUCCCUGCCAGAUGUGACGACAACUGCAGUGCCAACGACGUCAACUGAGCCCAGCACACCCAGCAGCACCGUGGUGGUCACCACACCACUUUCACCAACCCCACAGCCCACGCUCCCACCAAACAUGCCUUUUCUGAACGACAUAUCCUCCAUCAUUCGGGAUAUCGAGAAAAAGCAGAGGGAGGUUCACCCCAAACUCUACAUCAUCCCUCAACGCCUCGCUCACAAACCCAACACGGCAACCACUGGGGAGUUGUUUAGGGGAGGUAACAAAGCUCCUGGGACCGUUACCAACCCGGCAAUGCCAUCGCCAAGUACAAACGCAGGAGGAGGAGCAGGUGAACCUCAUAAUAAUCAUUACAGUGGCCGCUGGUUUUGGAAUUGGUUCGGAAUGGGGAACAGCAAAGCUGAGGGGGGUUCAUCCUUCCUGCCUCAAGCCACUGGGCCCACUCUGCCCCCCACCACUCAACCACCCACGGAGUUGGACGAAUUCGGCGUCAGAAUUAUUCUUAAGCCUGCCCAGCACCCUGCCCCAGGUCAAGGCUACUACGAGUGCCCCUUCAUGAGAAGGUCCUCCCUAAAACCCCUCCCAUGAUUUCGCUCCUCCAUAAUGACGCACGAGAAGGUGAAUUUUUGUGUACAUAUAUAAAUAGAAAACAUGAGACUGGUUUUCAUUAUAAUUAGGCCGCAUUAAUUUAUUAGACUUUAAUAUUUA